GGACUGACCCUAUACCACCUUCUAUAACCAACCACAGAGCCAAGAUGAGAGUCGAGGUGCCCAUAUUCCUCUUUCUGGCCGCAACAGGAUUCCAUGCUGGUAUGAUAAUUGUGUGGUUUAUAUUCUUAAUGUCAUAACAUCUCCAAUAUAUUUUGGUUUAAAUAUCCGUCAGUUGUGGCAUUUGAUGAAGCAUUGUACCAAGAUGAAUGCUGUUUCAUGUUGUAUUGUGCAAUGGUAAUGUAAAUAUGGCCUUUAGCCUAUUUUUAUGUGAUUGGGUUUCUAUUGAAUCCUUACAUUUGAUGGAUAACAUGGCCUGAGAAAAAUAUGAGUUGGUGAGAUAUAAUCACAUAUAAUUUGUGUUGGAUAAUAUAAUAUUCAAAUUUGAUAAUAAAUUGCCUUCUGACAUCCCCAGUUCUCGCUGCAUCCCUGGAAUUGGCAGAAAAAGAGGACACAUUUGCUGAGGAUGGUAAGAAAGCCCAUUAUGGAUGAUGAUAAUGAUGAUGAUAAUGAUGAUAAUGAUGAUGAUGUUGAGUGCAUUCCUGGCAACUCAUAUAGGUUUUUCACUUUUUCCAGUGGGGCUGGAGCAGCUAAGUGACCUGCAAAAGAGAGGUACAAUUAUCAAUAUCUCAGAGAUGCUUAUAAAGGAGCUUCUGCUCCAUGCACAGCUACUGCCUUAUCGUUAACAGCUGCAAUGAAUUUGACUGAAUUUAUCUAACUCAACUGGAUUUUUUUGAUGUACUCAAGGGCACAAAUGGCUCGUAGUGCUAAAGUUUGCAUUAAGCAAAAUAAAUUCCCUCCCUUUCUCUGUCCUCAGAUCAGGAGCAGUUCGAAGCAGCUCAAAUGAAUGGUAAGACAGUGACACAAGCAAUGAUUCAAGUCUAUGACCUGUCUGAAAUUGUCUCGCCAUAUAAUUUGUUUUCAUUUUAAUUAACACGAUGAAGGAACAAUCAUUUCCAUAUUUCCUUCCAUCUACAGAGGAUGCACAUAGUGAGGAUGUACGCUACUUGGGUAAGGGAAUCCUACCCUUAUAAAAACAAAUAAGGGGACAUCAGAGCCAUUGUCUGUGUUUUUGUGCAUUUGGCCUAUUGAUAGUGAAAUAAUACGAUUUGACUUCUUGUUUUCCUUUAACAAAUGUUAUUUUUCAUAUGUCUACUGUAGAGGCUGUUCAAGAUGAAAAUACUGGUAAGGACUGUAGUCUGCUGUAGGCAUGUGCAUACUUAUUAAUCAACAAUAUUUAUAUUUUUAUAUUAUCUUUAUCUUUUAACUCUGCAUUGUUGGAAAAGGACUUGUAAAUAAGCAUUUCACUGUUAGUCGACACCUGUUGUUUACGAAGCAUGUGACAAAUAAAAAUGUAUUUACAAUACGUUUUUGAAAAUGUAGGCCUAUUUUUAAAAUGUUACAGAGGAGAAUGACACUCAGGAGGAGGAGGACAUGGGUACGAGCAUAUUUCACAUGUUGAAAUUACAAAAAAUUGGUUACUGAUGGUCACGUGUUUUUGCUUAGUUUGUUCAGAUUACAUGAUUUUACUCCUUUCGCUUUCCAGCAGACAGAGACAGAGACAGAGACGUUGAAGCAGACGAAGAGGGUAAGGAAAGGUUGAAUGCAUGGUGUUCAAAAACACACCUGUAGAUGGAAAUAAAGUGUUAGAAGACCGACAUGAGGGUAUCAGCAGGAAAUUCAAUGGAUGUAUGAUUAUGCAAUUCAAAAUAUUAUGAUGAUUAUGAAGAUUAUAUAUUUGAGAUUCAUGGAGGUACAUGUAUAAGCCUAACUCUCCCGUUUUCCUACAGAGUCUGAGUCUGAUGAGGAAAUAGAUGGCGAGUAUUUACCUUUUUCAAAAUACACUACAUGACCAAAAGUAUGUGGACACCUGCUCGUUGAACAUCGCAUUCCAAAAUCAUGGGCAUUAAUAUGGAGUUGGUCCCCCCUUUGCUGCUAUAACAGCCUCCACUCUUCUGGAAGACUUUCCACUUGAUGUUGGAACAUUGUUGCGGGGACUUGCUUCCAUUCACCCACAAGAGCAUUACUGAGGUUGGGCACUGAUGUUGGGCGAUUAGGCCUGGCUCGCAGUCAGCGUUCCAAUUUAUCCCGAAGGUGUUCGAUGGGGUUGGAAACACAAAUUCGUCUAGAAUGUCAUUGUAUGCUGUAGCGUUAAGAUUUCCCUGCACUGGAACUAAGGGGCCUAGCCCGCCCCGAACCAUGAAAAAAAGCCCCAGACCAUUAUUCCUCCUCCACCAAACUAUACAGUUGGCACUAUGCAUUCGGGCAGGUAGCGUUCUUCUGCCAUCCGCCAAACCCAGAUUCGUCAGUCGGAUUGCCAGAUGGUGAAGCGUGAUUCAUCACACCAGAGAACGCGUUUCCACUGCUCCAGAGUCCAAUGGCUGCGAACUUUACACCACUCCAGCCGACGCUUGGCAUUGCGCAUGAUGAUCUUAGGCUUGUGUGCAGCUGCUUGGCCAUGGAAACCCAGUUCAUGAAGCUCCCGACAAACAGUUAUUGUGCUGACUUUGCUUCCAGAGGCAGUUGGGAACUUCGUAGUGAGUGUUGCAACUGAGGACUGAUUUUCACUCAGUGGUCCCGUUCUUGUGUGGCCUACCAUUUCGGGGCUGAGCCGUUGUUGCUCCUAGACGUUUCCACUUCACAAUAACAGCACUUACAGUUGACCGGGGCAGUUCUAGCAGGGAAGAAAUUUGACGAACUGACUUGUUGGAAUGGUGGUAUCCUAUGACGGUGCCAUGUUGAAAGUCACUGAGCUCUUCAGUAAGGCCAUUCUACUGCCAAUGUUUGUCUAUGGAGAUUGCAUGGCGGUGUGCUCGAUUUUCAACACCUGUCAGCAACGGGUGUGGUUGAAAUAGCCGAAUCCACUAAUUUGAAGGGGCGUCCACAUACUUUUGUGUAUAUAGUCUUGUUGACUGCCUGUCUUGUUGACUCUGGGAGUAGAAGUUCAUAUACACACACUAUGUUAUAUAAUAUCCCCCUUUUUUCUCUUCACAGAUGAGCUCAUUGAGGACAAAGCCAGAGACAAAGUGAGGACAAAGCCAGAGACAAAGGUGAUCAUUUCUUAAUUUGACCCCUCUAGUGUCCAUGUUCCAUCAAAAUGUGUGUGUGUGUGUGUGUGCCUGCAUGCGUUUGCUCUAGCUGUUGUUGAAGUUAUUUAAUAUUUUCCACUCCUCAUAAAAUGUGAAGAUGCUGGGGUUUGACUUGAUUCAGAUAAGAUUGUGUCCCAAGUGGGAUGAAAUUGACUGUAAAGGAAUGAGCUUCAUCAGUUUACCCUCUAGUUACACUCUACAUUUCCAUCUGAUAAAACUGGAAUCUUACAACACACAGUAAACACAAAUGUACCACAGUUGUAUAAUAGCGUCCUGGCAGUGCAACAUGUUUUUAUUACACUCAUGCGAACAAGUAAUGACAUCUUUGUUGUCCUAAAAACGGUGCUUUGUAGUGAGCACAUCAACAUCAUAUGUUGAAUAAUAGUUUUAUAGUUAACAAGCUACUUUUACCAAAAGACAGUGAAAACUGUUUUUAUGAACUAUGCCAGUCAGUCCGAGUCACUGUAAAAAUAUAAAUGUUAUACACAAGCAUUCUUUGUAUGGUCAAGAUUUACUCUUUGUGAGUUUAUGAGGAAAACCACAUCAUAGAGCUAGACUUUAUUAGUGACCUCAUAACCAAAACAUUCCAUGGAAAGACUGUCCUAGACCACGAGUCACAAGAUGUCAAACUAGUUGAAUUAGUUCAACUAGAAGUCCUAGGUUUUACUGCACAACUUCUAGGACACUGACAGCAGUGGCAACAUGAUUGUUUGUUUGAAUGUUGGCCCCCUUGCUUUUACACUAUUUAGGACAGAAAUCCAGGGCACUCCAAGACGCCUGUCCCCAGAUGCUCAUCUGUGCUUGAUUUAUUUUGCAUCAUAUGCUGUGUCCUGGGUUAUUUCUGGACCCGAGAUGCACCGUUCCUUUCCUAGCCUGUAUGAGUCAAGGGAGGCACAUUUUGGACAAACUAUAGGACCAAGGUCAUUAUCUACAUGUUCAGUCCUUCAUUUUAGGCUUUGGGUCUUGAUUCCUGAAAAUAAAUUAAUAUCAUGUAUUGUAAUCAUUUACAACUAGUUUCUAGAUCAUGGGGUUAACCUUCGUGUGAAAAUGCACUUUACUGGGCAUGAAAGGAGCCCUUACGUCCUGUAUCAAUGACUUUUCACAGCUUCUGUGCUAGAACGAGUCAGGUCAGGAGAUGAUGGGGGUUGGUUGAGGAAUCAUACACGUGGCUUUGAGACUCCUGGGGGAGUAGGAUACUCGUGUGUGUGUGUUGGUCAGAAAACCUAAAGGAAUCAAUUCUCACUUUAUCUGUGUCACAGCUUAGGUUGAGUGAGCCUGCAGGAGGCAUCAUGUGAGGAGGCGGAGCCUGCAGACCUCCCCCCACCUUCCAUUACAGAACCUGAAGAACACUGUGCAUCGGAAGAGUUUACUGUCAAUAAAGAGAAACAUCUCACCAUUAUA